AUGGUUGAGUCCGGGGCGUCCAAGGACAAUGAUGUUUCCAUGGACACGGUCGUGCCCAAGUCUGAACCGACCCAGGAUGGCCCCGGUUCGAUGAGUUCCUCGGUCUCGACCCCCGAGCCCGAGGCAGAGACGGUGACGCAGGAUGUCGCUCAGACCCAGAAGAGGAAAGGGGGCAGGAAGCCGAUCUAUGCCACAUCGGAGGAACGCAUCGACGUCCAGGCCGAGUUGCGGUUGAAGACCGGUAGUGCCUCUGGUCUCGGUCCCGUAAAGCCAGGCACCUUAGCUCCCAAGCAGUCCUCGCCCCUCGAGCGUGCUGCCAUCAGUAGGAAUUCCGCUCAAAGACAGGGGUCUGGAGGAAUUGCCCCCAAGGCUGAUCCGGCCGGGAUCCCUCAGCAGCCCCGGGACGGUGCCUACAAUGUUCAUUCCCCCCAACUGCAGCCCACCCCUUCGUCUCAUGUAUCGUCUCCCUCCACUGCAAGAUCGCCCGGCUUUCCCCUGCAAGGUGGGAUGUCCCCAAAGGGACCAGAGUUCCAGGCUCAGCAACAGCAGCAGCAGCAGCAGCAGCAGCAGCAGCCGCAGCAGCAUGGUCGCUCGGCGUUGCUAUCGCAGCCUAGAGCCUUUUCCCAAGCACCCCAAAUGCCAAUGUCCCAUGCGGAAUCCAUGGACCCUAGUACCAGCACUGCCACUACCACGACCACUAGCACCCCUUCACAAUCUAUGAUGCCCGGCAGCUCGAUGGCUUCUCAAGUGCCGUCGUCGGUGUACUAUCCCUCCCCCUUCCAGAAGCAUUAUGAGCAACUAGGCAAGCUGACCCCCCCUGAAUCUGCGACCCCAUGGAACUCUGUUCGUCCUAGAUUGAUUCGGUCGUGUACAGAGCAGGAAUACGAUGCCCAAGCAGACAUGCUCGACGAUCCCGGUCAUCAGGACGGGGGCACCGGCUCGAAUUCGUACGUCCCGGAUUUCAACCAACCCCCGGUCCCGUCCGGCCAGCAGCGCAUGGGUGUGACCGGUCAGCCCUCUCUGCAGCAGCAAGGGGGUGAUGUCGAUCACGUGGUCUACGGAGGAACGAAUUCCCUUUUUGGCCAGUUUGAACCUAUGCUCGAUACGGACACGUUUGGGCUGAGUGCCAGCAUGCACUUCCAGACCCCAUUCAGCUACGAACAGAACAACCUGCGCCACUGA